AUACGUAACGGAGGGAGCCAUUCAGUUUUCUAUCUACGUGUGUUCAGAUAACGUUUGCAUCUUAUCUUGCUAGCUGGCCAACAAUAAGUUUUUUUUUUCAUUCGUGAAACACGUCAUUGUAUAAGCAAACGUUUGUUCUUAAUUAUCUCUGGCUAUUUUAUUUGAUCUGAGUUGGGCCAACACUCACACCAGAUUAACUAGUGUCUUAGUUAACCAGUGAUGGACUACAUGCACCACAAACCAAGUCUGGCGAGGAAAACGGAUACUGACACCAGACCAUGCCUGAAGUAAAGUCAAUGUUCAGAGAAGUGCUUCCCAAACAGGGGCAGCUGUCCAUGGAGGACGUGCCCACCAUGGUGCUCUGUAAGCCGAAGCUGCUUCCUCUGAAGUCAGUCACCUUGGAGAAACUGGAGAAGAUGCAGCAGGAGGCGCAGGAAGCAAUUCGGCAACAGGAACUGGCGCAGAAGGACAAGCCCGAGUCACUGUAGGGCCACCAAUCAAAUGACUGCAUCUGCCUGACCAGGGAUACAUGCGUACAACUGUCUACUCACAACCUAAUAUCUUAACAUAUCACAGUAGCUGGUCCACCUGGUGUGUAAGGUGGCCAUCAGGUUGAGUGUAUAGCACUAGCUGGUAGUCUUUAAUAUAUCAGUUUAGUUACUUGUAUACUAUAUGUACAGUAUUUUAAGCAUACUUAUGUAUUGCUAAUUUCAUAACUUUACACAAAUUUCUUUUACAUGUACUGGCUGAUAAAAUCUAACAAGGGGGCAAAUCCAGUCCUUGAUAGUUUUGCCUCCCCAUAUCCAUGUAACAUGGUAUAAAAAAUGAAGAAAAAAAUGGAACAAAGUGUGCAAUGGACCUUAUUGCAUUAAAACAUUGCAUUGAGGUAUAUUUAUUGGUUAUUAGAUCAUUAGAUCUGCUGAGUAUUUUUUUAUUGACUGACCAUAUUUCCCAUUUUAUUCCUUUUUUGUCUCAGUUAUGUUCAAUACUGGAAAAUAUUGCUACUUAACUCAAAAUGCUCUCUGUGACUAAUUGUUGUCACUCAAGCAAUGGCCCCAAUACGGUGGCAAAUACAUGUAUACUUUGAAUGUUAAUGUUAGUGUUUGGAGGUCUGUACAUAUGAUUUCUGAAGCUUUUUUAAAAAAAUAUAUAAAAUGUUUUAAACAAUCUGGGUAUGUCAGUGCAAUUGUUACCUGUGCAACAGAUUUGGAUUCAGAAGUAAAACAUGUUCAAUUCUUUCCAUGUAACUGACAUUCAUAUCAACAAUUGCUCAGUCAGAAUCGAUUCAAUCCAAAAACGUUAUAGUACCAUAGCAUUUUUCCACAUCCUUAUUUCAGUUUUGAAAUAAUACCAGCUCAAAUAGUUAGCAUUUAACUGAUGUAUCCAAAAGUGGCUGACCAAAACAGUUCUUUGUGAGUCAUUUAAAAAUUCAAACACCUACCUUCCCCCAAAAGAAAUUUCAGAAUUUAAAAAUCAUGACAUGACACAAUGGUCAUUAUUUAUUUAUUUAUUUGCAGUUCAUUUCAUGUUUUGAACAUAAACAGCGAGCAAGACUGGGUACAUUUCACUCACCAGUGUUAAAAUAUAAAAAUAAACAUUCUGGACACCA